AUGACCAAAUUGAGCGCCUGCACAGCUGGGAACUUGCCAGCCAUGUUGUUUUCAAGAAGUUCCUACAGCGAGACGUGCUGUCCUGAAGGAAGCUUGAGAUGCGCUGGCUGCGCCCAAUACAGUGGAUCCACCUGUCAGAAGUGUUCCGGUGGCUUUAUCUCGCGAUCCGGGAAGUGCGUGUCAUGCGCAGACACGUCUGGCUGGGUGAAUCAAGGGGGUUUGACUUGCUCUCAGCUCUCCACCAGCGACUGUAACGAUGUGAAGGUGAAAGGCAUCAGCAGCAACGAGGCGUGCUGCAAGUGCAACGGUGGAGCAGUGACCCCAACUCCGUUUGCUUACGACGUGAAGCACUGGGCGUUGGGCGAACAGGUCUCCAUGAAACCACAUCCGCGCACAGCAGAGCGCUACUCACUGGAUGAAGGUUGCGCAUUGGCGGAUUACAAUCUGACGAUGGAUGGCAGCACAGGUGCCAUUACUCAGGUGCCGGGCACUGCGGCACACAUAGAACCUUUCAGCAUUGAAUGCACUGUGACUGCGCAUCAGACAUCCACGGCGACGUUUGAAGCGAAGGUCAGAAUCGCUAUGGAUUGGUUUGCAUAUGGAGUUCCGCUGCUGCUGUUUCCAGGUUCCAACUCCUUUCCAGCAAGCAAAGCACCAGGCACUUGGAAAGACUUCGCAGUGAGAUGUGCGCCCAACACCGCAUGGCUUCAGGUUAGUUCAAUAGGCACUUUGACCAAGAGCGGAAGCAUUGGAACAGGUGGGGUGAUGACGGAGGAUGCUUCAAAGGCUGGGCAGACAGGUGGCGUUUGCGUCGUUUCAGCCUUGCACCUACCCACUGGUGGCAAGUGGCAGUUGCGCCAAGCGAAGGUCAUGGCAGUUUGGCCUCAGCCCUGGUCGUCAAUGAGCUAUCAAGCAAGCUCUGUAUCCGUGACCUUGGGAGAGCAGCUACCCAUUUUGAAACUGCCGGUAGGAAGCCCUGGCACCUUGAAACCUUCGGAUUUCUUUGUGGCCUGUGACACUACACCCAGCCUAAAGUGGUCCUUUGACUCCUUGCUCAGUACUGGUUUGCUGGAAGGCUACUCUGUUCUGGAAGUUGCCGAAGAUGGUGGCAUCUCCAUUUCCAUCGCUCGGCAGAUGGCGGCAAUUUUUGACACCAUGGCCAGCUCAGGGGCAACCAGGAAGAAGGUGACCUUGAAUUGUGGAGUGUGGGGCAUGUUUCCAGACCAUUCCUUGACACCGAUCAAGGCCAAUCUCAACAUUGAGAUUUUCGAUGACAUUUGUUGGGUGUCCAAGAGCUUCAAGGCCUACUACUCCACAGACAGCUCUGCGACGUCUGAGUCCAUGUGCCGGGCCAAUUGUCGCCGCGACAACAAUUGCCCCAGCUAUCUGUGGACCUCCAACCAGUGCCGCCGCUACAGGACGCAUCCCACAGGAUCCUCUGUGACGGCCUAUAAUAAGGUGACCAACUGUACUGCUGACGCAGCGUGCAAAGAUGUGCAAACCGGCAGCUGGUACCAAUCGGGCUUGUACUGCCCUGUGGCACCAGACUUGUUUCGAGGUAACAGUUUGUACCUGAAGAAGGGAGAGACACCGGAAGAGACCCUCUACCUUUCGAAGUAUGUCUCCAGUAUUGAUGGGCCAGUGAGUGGGUGCAGCAAUGGGAAUUGGAUCCUGAGACAGGCUGAUGCUGAGAAGGAUUAUAUCAAAUUGGAGGCAGGCGAAGUUGAGCUUGGGGGACGUGUUCUACGUUGCAUCAGUGGCAGCAUCCCUUUUGGGGUCGCAUCUUGUGGUCAGCCCAACAUCACUGUUCCAGAUGAGGGCUAUGCUCCAGUUGUGGUGGACGAUCCCUACACUAGCGAUCCUGCGGACUAUUGGCUUCAUCCUUGCGAAUGUGCUCCGCCUGCUUGGGGGAUGGAAAAGCCGGUGAACCCUGAGUCCUUUGAGUCGGUCCCAGGGAAAAGUGGGAAUCAGUUCACCCCAGCGCCCUUCGAAUUGGUUGCCGGGCAGUUCGUUUGUCCUGCCAAAGAGCUGCUGGACAACGGCGUGCACUUCGAAACAGAAACGGAGCAGAUGGAGAGAGCUGACUGCGAAGCUCGAUGCAAAGCAGACAACUUGUGCAACUUUUUUGGCAUGGAUCCCAGCAGGGCGCGAACACCUGCCGCCUCUACUCCGCGUGUUCUCAUUUGGUCCGAGAAAUGGGACUGGAAGGUGUCUGGGGAGAGUCGCUUGGCAGCUCUUCCUCGCAGCAACAGUUGCCAGGUGGCUGACCCGGAGUCUUGCUGGGCUACCAGCCUGAGAAGAGCCUCGUUGACCUCGAGUCAUGCCCCCAACUUCCUGUAUUGGAAUCUGCACCAGCAAUGUGAUGAAGCCUUGUUGCUGGGAGGGAUGGGUGUGGAGACCUGCGCGCACCCCACUUAUCGUCCCAUCACUUCUCAUAAGUGGCAGCAUAAAGCGUUGCUGCCGCAAAGCUUUCCGCACGGAACCAAGCUUGGGCUUUCUUGCUGGCAAGAGCGUUAUAGUGGCGUUAAGGGCUCCGGAAGCGCUUCAAGCAUUGCCCUUUUUUGUGUAAAUGGUGAUUGGUUCAACGCAGACAAUGAGGAGGAGCUGGGUUCCUUCUCGUGCGAAGCUUGCGUGCAGGUUGCUGACGUUGGAUUCAAGCAAAUCGAGGCACGCAACGAGCAAGAGAUUUGGUACAUGAACCGAAUGAGGCUGGGUCGGCCAAUCUGA